AUGCAGGACGAUUCUAUUUCAGUUGUGCACAAAUCCUCACAUAGCUCGAUGCCACCCGAUGGCGAAGAGUCUCGGUUGAGUUUGUGGACGUCCCACAUGUCUCGGCUAUACGCCGUACUUGCAUUAGGCUAUCUUUGCAUCGUAUUUCAGGGCUACGAUGGCUCCUUGAUGCCGUCCAUCAAUGCUAUGCCUCAAUACCAGCAUUAUUACGGAUUGAAAUCAGCUGGUUCUUCUACCGGUCUAGUCUUUGCCAUCUACAAUAUCGGUAGUCUAGGUUCUCUUCCAAUCACCGGUCCAGUCAACGAUCUUCUGGGCAGACGAGUCGGUAUAUUCUUAGGCUGUUGUUUUAUUAUCAUCGGAACCUGUGUACAGGCACCCGCUACUUCCAGACAAAUGUUUCUCGGCGGUCGAUUUUUGUGUGGGUUUGGCCAGGGCUUUGUCAACGUUUCUGCCCCGGUAUUCGUGUCAGAGCUAGCUCAUCCUCGCUGGCGAGGUCCUCUUUCCGGACUCAUGCAGACAAAUUUUUUCAUCGGAAGUAUCAUUGCGUCGUGGGUUACAUAUGGAACCGCAUAUCUUGAUGGAGAAAAAGCCUUUCGCAUUCCCAUCUGGCUCCAGCUCGUCACUGCCAGUAUAGUCGCCAUAGGUAUAUGGUUCGCCCCUGAAACACCAAGAUGGCUGAUGGCCCAAGGCCGACGUCAAGAGGCCGAAAGAGUCCUGGCUGAUCUGCACGGCGAGGGGUCUACAGAGCAUUGCUAUGUCCAAUUGCAGAUUGCCGAAAUGGAGAGCCAGAUCCGCGAAACCGGAUCCGAUAAACGCUGGUGGGAUUAUAGGGACUUGUUCAACACUCGAUCAGCACGUCGACGCAUGAUCUGCGUUAUUGGUAUGGCUUGGUUCGGGCAAUACUCCGGUAACGCUCUAGUCAGCUACUACUUCCCUGUCAUUGUGCAGCAGGCCGGAAUCAACGAUCCGCAUAUGCAACUUCUAUUAAAUGCCCUGAACCCGGUCAUUUCCUGGUUCAUGGCCAUUCUAGGAGCGAUGCUCCUCGAUCGCGUGGGUCGCAGGCCGUUCCUCCUGACCGGCGUGCUGGGCAUGUCGAUAUGCUUGGCCAUUGUCACCGGCUGCACGAAGCUAUCUGUGGAGUAUUCUAACCGUGUGGCUAGCCAUACCGGCAUCUUCUUUAUCUACCUUUUCAGUGCCAUAUUUGCUUUUUGUAUAGUACCGCUUAUCCCAUUUUACAUCGCUGAAACUCUAGCCACAGAAACCCGCGCGAAGGGCACGGCAGUCGGACAGUUAUUCGGCUCCGCAGCAUCUAUCCUGGGACAAUACACGACUGCUACAGCCAUCGGAUCAAUUGGUUACUACUACUAUCUCAUCUUCAUUUUCUGGGACCUGGUGGAAUUCGUCAUCAUAUACUUCUUCUUUGUCGAGACGAAAGAGCGCACUCUGGAAGAGAUGACGGAGAUUUUCGAGGCACCCAAUCCGGUGAAGAAGUCACUAGAAAAGAGGUCUCCGCAGACAGUGGAGCAUACGAUUUAUCACGAGAAAUGA